AGUUACAUAAUUAUGUCAUUGUCUUGACAGCCUUGUGUUCUACAAUCAGGAUAAUUUAUUAAGCAUAUUGUAUGUAUAUAUAUUCUAUAUAAUUAUACAACACGUCAUGAUAAAACAAACGUGCUCGAUAUAGUGUGUACUGUGUAAAAAAAUACUGUGACAUUGAAGAAACCAUUAAUACAUAUAAUUCAUUCGAUUUUGUUGGAUUUUUUGUAUUGUGUGGACUUAGACAAAGGGGUUUCAAUAACAUAACAACAUGGCAGAUAACCGUUCCAGAUAUUUGGCAUGUCGGUACCCACGCCCAGAUGCUAAUGUAAAAUUGUUUUGCUUCCCAUGGGCCGGUGGUGGAGCUAAUUUUUAUUCAAACUGGGGAAAAUAUUUACCGGAUACAAUAGAAGUUCACGGGGUAUGUCUUGCCGGUAGAGAGGGUCGAUUCAAUGAAACUCCCUAUGGAACGCUCGAAAAGUUGUUGGACGAUAUGACUGUCCUGAUUAAAGAAAGAAGCAAUGGAAAGCCAUUUGCACUCUGGGGACAUAGUCUAGGAGCACUGCUGGUGUACGAAGCAGCUUGUCUUCUCAAGAAACGUGACGGUUUAGAACCGACGCAUAUAUUCGUGUCCGGCACAUCAGCACCGCAUUCUGAGAAAAGGAAGCAGACGACAAUUAAUGUAAAGGGAUAUACAGACGAAGAAUUCAUUGGCCUACUCAAACACUUCGGGGGUACACCCGCAGAUAUCAUAGAAGACCGAGAACUUGUGGCAUUGUUCCUACCAUCUUUGCGAGCAGACUACGAACUUUUACCACAAAUCAGCACAGAGCCGCCUUCAAAACAAGGGAUGUUUAGUUGUCCUGUAGACGUGUUUGAUGGUAAAGACGAUGCCGAACAUGAUUUACAAGCUUGGAACGACAUAACGACAGGGCUAUUUUCUAUAACUAUGUUAAAUGGUGGACAUUUUUAUCUUAAAGAAGAAGCAAAUAUGAAGAAAUUGUGUAACUACGUGACAAAUGCAUUAACUGGAUGUCCUAUGUGACACCAUGAUUUUCUUCAUAGAACAUUUAUAAUUCUUCUGUAGUGGUAACGUUAGAGUUGCUGAUGUUUUGUUUUAACAAAAGCUGGAUUCUGCACGAUAUUUACGAGGCAUUGGUAUACGCAAUGUGUGGCAUGUGUGACGCAAUUUAUGUCAAAAUAUUCAUUUCUUUUAACUUACAGUUUAAUGCUGAAUACAAAUUGAAUACAAAUAAAUUCACUGAAAACUAUAUAA